UUGCAUCUUGGCCCUCAAACAAGAUCCUUACAAUUGAUAUAGUUGUCUCCUCAAUGGGAUUUGUUGAACUCUGCGUACGUGUAAAACAAAACACGAGCAUUUUGUAUGAACAAGUAACCAAGUGAUUUGGCUAGUAAUUUGUCUUCACAUCAAAUUAUAUUGAUAGGCAAUGAGUCGAUAUCAGAACAUUUUAUGGGGCACAAAUAUUGCAGAUCGACCAACUUUUGGGGCACGAAGAUAACACAGCAAGGCCAUUCCUUUUCUCUAUACAAACUCAGCAGUAGACCCUUUCAUUGUACACCUGCUCAUUAAUUCAUAUACUUCGAUCAUCAUAACCUAGCCUGUGAUGGAGUUCAUCAAGCAGAGCAAAUGUAUCUGUUUGGCCUUGAUCCUCAUAUUGGGGGCUUGGUCUUGUGAAGCCACCUCUCGCAGCCUGCAAGAUGCAUUAAUGUAUGGGAGAUACGAGCAAUGGAUGGCUCAUUACGGACGCGUAUAUAGUGACACUGAUGAGAAGGAGAAGCGCUUCAAGAUAUUCAAGGAAAAUGUAGCAUUUAUAGAAUCUUCCAAUGACGAAGCAAACAAACCUUACAGACUAAGUGUCAAUGGAUUUGCAGACCUUACAAAUGAAGAGUUCAAAGCUUCAAGAAAUCGAUUUAGGGCUCAUGAAUGUUCCACAAAGACCACUUCUUUCAAAUAUGAAAAUACUACUGUGCCAGCAACAAUGGACUGGAGGCAGAAAGGAGCUGUUACCCCAAUCAAGGACCAAGGCCAAUGUGGUUGCUGUUGGGCGUUCUCAGCAGUGGCAGCCAUGGAAGGAAUUACUCAACUCACAACUGGUAAACUGAUUUCUUUGUCCGAGCAAGAGCUGGUUGACUGUGAUGUUAAUGGUGAAGACCAAGGUUGUGAGGGUGGCCUCAUGGAUGAUGCCUUUCAGUUCAUCAAUCAAAACCAUGGACUAAGUACCGAGGCCAAUUAUCCCUACACAGGUGUUGAUGGUACAUGCAAUGCUAAGAAGGCAGCAAACCAUGCAGCCUCGAUAACUGGCCACGAAGAUGUGCCUGCAAACAGUGAAAGCGCCCUACUUAAUGCUGUUGCUAAUCAACCAAUUUCUGUUGCCAUUGAUGCCAGCGGAUCUGAUUUCCAAUUCUAUUCGAGUGGUGUUUUCACAGGAACAUGCGGAACGAGUCUAGACCAUGGCGUUACCGCUGUUGGUUAUGGUGUCAGCGAUGAUGGGACUAAGUAUUGGUUGGUGAAGAACUCAUGGGGGACAGAAUGGGGUGAACAAGGAUACAUAAGAAUGCAAAGAGAUGUUGAUGCACCGGAAGGCCUCUGUGGUAUUGCUAUGGAAGCCUCUUAUCCCACUGCAUAACAUACCAACAAAUGAGAUCAUUGCCUAGUACCCUUCUAGGUAUACAGUAUGAUAUGUACAUGAACUUGUGCUUGUAAUACGUAUGUACGUAAAACUACCAUAUCUGUAAGAUAUUAGCAAGUCUAAUUCAGACAAAAAUGGUGGAUCUUUUCUCUGUUUAGUUGAAUUAUACAUCUUUUCUCUCUUAGACGUCUCUUGCACUACAAGAACCCCGGCCCUAGUCCUGAAAACACCUAAUUCUCUGCUUCGUGUUCGCCCAGCAUCCUCAGGGUUGUGCUAACCUAUUUUGUGGUCGACCACAGUGAACACUGGCGCACUGAGUUCUUUUGUUCGCCCUAUUGCUGUG